GGGCGGUUGGCUUCCUGGUAGCCUGGGCGCCAUGGCGCUGCCUUGGUUGCAGCGAGUUGAGCUUUUGCUCUUCACUGCCGCCUUCCUGUGCGGGGCUUUGGCGGCCGCGACGCUGACCCGGACCCAGGGCUCCUUUGGUGGUAACUGUCCCUUGUAUGGUGUGGCUGCACUCAAUGGCUCCUCUCUGGCCUUGUUAGGUCCCUCAGCCCCUUCCCUCUGCUACUUCGUGGCUGGGGCUUCAGGCAUCCUGGCGCUCUACUGCCUUCUGCUUCUCUUCUUCUGGGUCUACAGUAGCUGCAUCGAAGACUCCCACAGAGGUUCUAUAGGGCUCCGAAUUGCUUUGGCCAUCUCAGCUACAGCCAUCUUCCUGAUCUUAGUGUCUGCCUGUAUACUUCGAUUUGGCACCAAUUCUUUCUGCAAUUCCAUCAUCUCCUUGAACCUUACAAUUAGCUGCUCUGAAGCCCAGAAAAUCUCAUGGACACCUCCAGGAACUGCUGUGCAGUUUUACUCCAGCCUACACACUGCUGAAACCUCUUCUUGGGUGAAUCUGAUAUUGUGGUGUCUGGCUUUGCUGCUCCAGGCCAUGCAGUGCAAGUUUAAAGCCACAUCAUACCAACCCCAAGAGAGGGGUGACCAAGAGUGGAGCUCUGAGACAGAUGCUCUUGUUGGGCACCACCAGUCUCACUCCUGAAGAAUACUCAAGUGCUUUCUACAACCAGAACCUGCAUGCCCAAGUGCUUUUAAUCCUCUCGUCUCAGUACAGCCCUGUUUAUAUUAGAAACCUCAGUUUUCCCUCCAGGAGGGAAACAUUCAAAUAGGACACUUAUGCUUUUUCUCCUUAAACUUUUUUUGUACCAAAAUAAUAUAUUACUGUUCUUCAUCA